AAGGGACAACGGUGGGUGUCGCAACGAUGAGCCGCCAAGGGUGAAGGUAUCUUAUCGAAUCUCGGAGAAGAAAAAGCCCCCUCGAGUCCCUCGAUAGAUUUGGUACUCAAUUGUAUUCGCCAAGAGUCUCGAACUACUGAAAGAGAUCGGGAGUUUGGUCGCGCGUUUGACGUUUCAAAAUUGGCGCGCUCAUCCUCGGGCGCGCUCGGCCCGAUUCGUGGACGCUCGGGUUUACGAGGCGGCGAGGGAGGUGGACGGACACAGGUCGUGCGCGCGGAACGACGGAAUGGGACCAUUUCGGUACGUCGCGGAAGAAUGUGUAGCCAUUGUUGGUGCUGCGAUCGUUGGUUUCUAGAUCCGAGAUCGUCAUGGGCACGGAUUCGACCGCGCUUAGCUGCGUGAGAACGUUGUCGGGGUUCGGCGUGUGCCAUUGAUACGUGUAACGCAUUAGGGCUCCUCGCGUAGAAGACGAGUUCUCGUCGAGUCUCUCAACGGUGGGACUAGUUGUCGGUCGGACUCGGACACCGCGUCUCCGCGCGUUCCCUCGAACCGAGGCGCUCGUCGCACGAAUGAGAGUAAGUGAGUGAGUGAUAUAUACGGUUUGGGGCGCGCACUUACUCGCGCGGCCGCCAUAACACCGAGCGACCAACCAAACUAAACGAGCGAAGAAGAAAGCGUAGUGUCGGAGUGUUCCCCUCGAGGCGUAGUGGUAGUGUUUUACGAUUCGGUUCCCGUGGACUUCCGUUCAUCAGAUGUUGCUAAUGUCGCGAGUCUUACCUGGAGGUACGGAGUCUCACAGCAGUAUACAGGGCUGACAUUCAAAGUGCUACCAUUCGGUAGACUUGAGUAGUGUUAUGCCUCCUCGGCACCAAUCUUCCUGGUCGCAGCGCAAUCGUCUUGGCAAGCAAUUAAUGACCUGCUAUGUUCAAUUAAGAAUAUAUACUUGCCAUCUCAAUUGUUGAUGAAGCCUCAUAGCGUCAAGCAUCAACGUAAGGCAGUUACCUGCUACAUAGCAUUUAUGUAUCAUAUAUGUCGGAAAGAAACGAAGUCAAGAUGCAGCAGGUGGACACUAUCUCGCAGAACAAUUCUUUAGAUGUGGAGGAGCGAGAAAGGCUGUGUAAUAUACCGAAGACGAGCACACCUGGAAAGGCUUCGACGCCAGCGAGUCCUGCAAAGGAACCGCCACCACGCGACGAACCACCCCUGGAACCGGUGAAUGGCAUAGUUCAACCGCCAGUUGUUCCACCACCGAAUCGUCCAGGACGCAUCACGAAUCAGUUACAAUUUUUGCAAAAGGGUGUCUUAAAACCAGUAUGGAAGCAUCAAUUUGCAUGGCCUUUCCAGCAGCCUGUCGAUGCGAAAAAACUCAAUUUACCAGAUUAUCACAAAAUCAUCAAAAAACCAAUGGAUUUGGGCACAAUCAAAAAGAGGUUGGAGAAUUCAUAUUAUUGGAGUGGGAAAGAAUGUAUUCAGGAUUUCAAUACUAUGUUCACCAAUUGUUAUGUCUACAACAAGCCAGGGGAGGAUGUUGUGGUCAUGGCACAAGCUCUCGAAAAGUUAUUUCUUACAAAGGUUGCACAAAUGCCGAAGGAGGAGGUGGAAUUAGACCCACCUGUUCCAAAAGGACCCAAAGGCAAGAAAGCUGGAAGAGUCGGUGGACCAGGAGUAGGUGGAUUAGCAGGAGGUACAGGGGCAGGUAGAGGCAGACCAGCUUCUGGUGCAGCCGCUGUUACCUCCAGUGUACCGAAUAAUUUAACACCUUCCGCUACAUCGGCUGGGACAACUGGCGUUAUACCCAUGCCGCCUCUCGGUACUCAGGCACCGGCUUCAGUACCUGGAAGCACGAAUACAACCACCAUCGCCCCGCCAUCGAGUAUGGGUGUCGCGCCGAUGGCUACGCACAAUUCUCUGCCUCAACAAGUUGUCCCUCCGACCACGGGUUAUCAUGCGCAGCCGGCGAUGGAUGCCCAAGCAGCUUCUGCUGUGCCUCCACCUCCGCAAAUCCCUACAACGCCCACUGUAAUGCCUCCAUCACAACCUGCGAAACUUAAAAAAGGAGUGAAAAGAAAAGCUGAUACUACAACUCCUACUGCGAAUGCUUACGAUCCAAUGUACACACCUCUGGAUUCUAAGAAUGCUAAAAUACCUACAAGAAGAGAAUCUGGCCGGCAAAUUAAGAAGCCAACGAGGCAAGCGGAAGACGGCUUAGUGCCAUACCAUCAGGCCAAUAUGCCUCUAAUGGGGGCAAUGGCCCAACAGCCUCCGCAUACUGGUGUUAAGGGAAAAGAAAAAUUGUCUGAAGCACUAAAAUGUUGCAAUGACAUUUUGAAGGAACUCUUUGCCAAAAAGCAUUCGUCAUAUGCUUGGCCGUUCUACAAACCUGUUGAUGCAGAACUUCUAGGGCUUCACGACUAUCAUGAAAUUAUCAAGAAACCUAUGGAUCUUGGUACUGUGAAGACUAAAAUGGAUAACCGUCAAUAUAAAACAGCGCACGAAUUUGCGAGUGAUGUACGACUUAUAUUUACUAAUUGUUAUAAGUAUAAUCCUCCCGAUCAUGAUGUUGUUUCAAUGGCUAGAAAACUGCAAGAUAUAUUUGAAAUGAGAUAUGCGAAAGUUCCGGAUGAACCGGGUAGUAGUAUAGUGACUAUGAAAGGAAGCAGCAGUGGUAGUGCCACUAGUUCUGGAGGAGAGAGUUCUUCUGAAAGUGAUGAUUCUGUUGAGGAGCGUACUCAAAAAUUACUUGCUCUACAACAAGAGUUGAAAGCUAUGCAAGAGCAAAUGAGAAAAUUAGUAGAAGAGAGCGGCAAGAAGAAAAAUAAGAAAAAGAAACCGGAUAAGCCAAAAUCAAAGCCGAUGAGCAAUAAGAAUAGUAAUCUUGUUGCCAGUCAUACUGCCAUGAAAGAACUCAUGAAACCUAGUGGUGGUAUUCCUAGUGUGUCUGACAGUGUUGGUGCUAGUAUAGCCAGUGUUGCGAUGGGCGCGGGUGACUUGAAAAUGCCUGGCGGCAUGGGCAGUGAUCUCCAUCAUCAAAGUACAGCAGUAGGACCUAAUAAGGCUCAUGCUACUGGAAGCUUAGGGCAUCAUUUGCCGACAGCAGCGAAACCGAAAGGUAAACGUGGACCUGGAAAAGCUGCCACCACUGCAAAUACCGCAACCAAGAGGCCAAAAGCUAACAGCAGAUCUGCUGGAAAUAAGAAAAAGAAUACUGGUAGUCAACCACCUCCAAUAACGUUUGAUUCGGAAGAUGAAGAUAAUGCUAAACCCAUGUCAUAUGAUGAAAAGAGACAACUCAGCUUGGAUAUUAAUAAACUACCAGGUGAUAAAUUAGGCCGUGUUGUACACAUAAUACAAUCCCGAGAGCCUUCACUGAGGGAUUCGAAUCCAGAUGAAAUCGAAAUCGAUUUUGAGACCUUGAAACCAUCGACGCUUAGAGAACUAGAAAGCUAUGUUGCCUCAUGUCUUAGGAAGAAACCACACAAGAAAGUUAGUGGUAAAUCUAAAGAUGAGCAGAUGGCAGAAAAGAAGCAAGAAUUGGAAAAAAGGUUGCAAGAUGUAACGGGGCAGUUAGGCAAUGUCAAAAAGACAGCUAAGAAGGAAGACAGCAGUAAAUCUGUUGAUGUAGUUGGAACUGGUGGUGCCAGUGGACCUUCGCGAUUAUCGGCGUCGAGCAGUAGUAGCAGCGAUAGUGACUCCAGCAGUAGUUCACUUUCUUCAAGCUCCAGUGACUCAAGCGACAGUGAAGCAGGAAAUUCAUCGAAUCGUCCACAUAGAAAGAAAAUAAAGAAAAACCCGCCAGGACCUUCGACAACGACCACCACUGUAACAGCGGCUCCUACAUUAAAUCAUAGUGGGACCUUGUUAAUGAACAAUCAGCCAUCUGCGGCAAAUUCAGCGGGACCAAUAAAACCACCUGCAACUCAAUCAAGCAAUAUUCCUUCAGAGCAAGGAGGCAAUAAUAAUCAGCAGCCUGUCGCAGUGGCUGCUGUUACAGCUGGACAAGGCAUGCCUGUUGCGAGUCAUCCGUCUAUGCCAGCACAACCAUCGCGACCCACAGCUAUGGCUCAGGCGGUUCCUGUAAAAAAACCAACUCCGCCGCCACCAACAUCUAAUCCACCGACUCCGUCAGUUUCUGUACCGACUCCACCGCCCAGCGUAACACCUACAAAUACAAAUUCUAUAACAGCCUCGCCAGCUGUAUCUCAACCGCAGCAACCACCGACGACUAUUAGUUCCUUUCCGAAUGCAAAUACACCCGUACCCACAGACGGAACAAAUUUGAAUCAACAGUCUGAUCUUUUACAGCCAUACAAUACUUUAUCAGCUUCAGUACCUACCACACAAUCCUCUUUGGAGCAGACGCUCGCGAUCAAGAAGGAACCUCCAUUUAUACAAACACAGCAGCCUUCUUUGGAUCAAACGCUUGCGAUUAAGAAGGAUCCUGCAUUCAUCCAGACAUCUCAUACGACCAAUAAUACCAAUACCAAUACAAAUUUAAAUUUAAUAUCAGAUGUAAAACCGGUGAACAUAAUGCCGACAAGUAUGGCUUCUAAUUUGAAUUUGGGCAAUAUCAAUAUGGCGAGUUUGAAUAUGAAUCUCUCGCAAGGAUUGGCAGCACAUAUGUCCAUACACAAUCAAUUGGAGAAUAUGAUUAAUACUACUGCGUCAUUGCCAAAUAUUCAGAACUCCCAUAAUGUUACGAUGUCACAACAGCACUCCAAUGGGUUUCCAAAUACAAAGCGCGGAAAUUCACCACCCAACAUGUUGAAUAACAAUGGCAUUCCGGGAUUGAACAUGGGAAUGAAUAUGGGAGGCAUGAGUUCGAUAUUCGAUCCUCUUCCUAUAGUAUCUAUGCCAAUGCAGAUUUCUCAGAUGUCUAUAAAGAAGGACGAAAAACCUUUGCCCACCUCUCAAUCUCAACUGACACAAAAGCCUAUGGAUGCAGGAGCUUUUUUUGCAGAAAUGAACACUUUAGGAAUGCCACCAAUGGGCAAUCAUGCUAGUUCGCAGUUGAUGCCUGAAAAGAAAAUGACUCCACCUGAUUCGAAGAAUCCCGCUGCAAAUUUUGCUUCAGCCUUUAAAAAUAAGACAGUGGAACAAAAUGUAAAGAAUGCAUCCUCAUGGUCCUCCCUGGCGCAAGCAUCGAGUCCUCAAUCGGCAGCAGGGAGCAGUAUGAAGAGUGCAGCUCGAGAUUCAUUCCAGGCAUUCAAAAAGCAAGCUAAAGAAAAGCAAGAUAGGCAAAGAGCACUUAUGGAGCAACAAGAGAUGCGUAGACAGCAGCAGAAGGAACAAGCGGAGCGAGAAAGAAUGCGGCAAGAAAGUGAAAGAAGAAGGGAACGAGAGGAAGAGGAUGCCCUGGACAAAGUAAGGAAAAAUGUCGGAGAUCAGCAAGGAAAUGUUAUGACUGCCACAACAAGAGCGGAAGAGGUGAAAGCUAUUGCUGAUACGGAUAGUAGUAGUCCGAGUCAUUCGUCCAAUCAGGAUAAAUCCGCUGCUGAAAGAGAACGUCAGAGACUGCGGGAGCAAGAACGUCGACGACGAGAAGCGAUGGCUGGGCAGAUUGACAUGAACAUGCAAAGUGAUUUGAUGGCUGCAUUUGAGGAAUCUUUAUAAUGUUACUACAUGCUGUUCAUGAUAAACUUAUUGAAACUUGGACAGAAUAUGGACAUAUAUUUGACAUUUUCUAUAUUUAACAUUAUAA